AUGGGGAAAAUAAAGAAGAAACACAACUGGAAGGGGAGGCAGCAGAGUGACCCUCAGCAGGCUGCAGAUGGAGAAAAGGCAGAAAUUGUGCUGGAACUAAAAGAUAGCGACAGACUGAAGGGUGUAGACGAGAGCAACGCCUUGGUCCUUCCAGCCAGCAAAGCCAAGAAGAAGAAAGCCUCAGCGGCGCCUGUUUCCUCCAAAAGGCCUCUGACAAAGAAACAGAGGAAAGAGCUGCAGAAGGUGCUCGAGCGCAAGGAGAAGAAAGCUCAGAGAGCCGACAUCCUGUCCAAGCUGGCUGAGGUUCAGCUUCCAGAGUCCGAGCUGAAGCUGCUGUACACCACAUCCAAACUGGGCACGGGAGAGAAGCUUUACCAGUCUAAACUGUCACCAGAUGAACUAAAAGAUGGAGACUCUGCACCAAAGAUCAGCAGCCUGAGUGGAGCGAACAGGAAGAGGAAAUGGAAAGAAGAGGUGGAUGAAGACGAGGAAGAACAGAAGGCAGAAGAAAGUAGUGAUCUGGACACAUCAUCUGACGAGGAUGAGGUUGGCGAGGAUGAUGAAGGGAAGGAGACCAUGGAGACGAGUGAGGCUAAGGAAACCGCCACUGACUGUCAGGAGACUGAACAGAAGGUGAAAGAAGAACAACAGACGACAGAGAAAGAAGAGACGAGUGAGAAGAAGGUUUCAGAUCAGGAGAAAGCACAAAUAAAGAAGCUGUCGCAGCCGGCCGUCUUCAUUCCAGUCGACAGAUUACCAGAAAUACAGGAGUCCCGUCUGAAGCUGCCGGUGCUGGCGGAGGAGCAGGUCAUCAUGGAGGCCGUCAGAGAGAAUCCCUGCAGCAUCAUCUGUGGAGAGACAGGAAGUGGAAAGACCACACAGGUGCCUCAGUUCCUGUAUGAGGCAGGCUAUGCCAGCGGCUCGGGCAUUAUUGGCAUCACAGAACCGAGAAGAGUAGCAGCUGUCAGCAUGUCGCACCGAGUGGCCAAAGAGAUGAACCUGUCGACACGAGUCGUGUCGUACCAGAUCCGAUACGAGGGGAACGUGACCAACGAGACCAAGAUCAAGUUCAUGACAGACGGUGUUCUGCUGAAGGAGAUUCAAAAGGAUUUCCUGCUGCAGAAGUACAGUGCCAUCAUCAUAGACGAAGCACACGAACGCAGUGUGUACACAGACAUCCUCAUUGGACUGCUGUCUCGCAUCGUUCCUCUCAGAAAUAAGAAAGGUUUGCCCAUGAAGUUGUUGGUCAUGUCAGCUACUCUGCGUGUGGAGGACUUCACAGACAACCGGAAACUGUUUAAGAUACCUCCGCCCGUCAUCAAGGUGGAUGCUCGCCAGUUCCCGGUCGCUAUUCAUUUCAACAAACGCACCCCGUUAGAGGAUUACACCGCAGAGGCCUUCCACAAGACCUGCAAGAUCCACCGCAUGCUGCCUCCAGGUGGGAUCCUGGUCUUCCUCACUGGUCAGGCGGAGGUUCACGGUCUGUGCAGAAAACUGAGAAAAGCUUUCCCCUUCAGGAAGGGAAACGUAACGACCGGUGAGGAUGAGGAGGCAGACAGCUCAGAGGCAAUGAGGAAGUUUAAGAAGGCCAAACAGAAGAAGCCUGUUUCGCUGCCUCGUAUCGACCUGGAUAACUACUCUGCUCUGCCGGUGGAUGAAGGGGACGAGGACAGAGACGCAGGAAUCGGAGAGGAUGAGGAUGAAGGCUCUGACCUGGAUAUCGGAGACGAUCCUGCUGACAAAGUGGAGAAGGCGGACCCUUCCAUUCCUCUCUAUGUCCUCCCUCUGUACUCUCUGUUGGCCCCAGAGCAGCAGGCAAAGGUGUUCAGGCCUUCUCCACCUGGCACCCGUCUGUGUGUCGUAGCAACCAACGUGGCCGAGACGUCCCUGACCAUCCCCGGCAUCAAGUACGUGGUGGACUGCGGUCGGGUUAAGAAACGUUUCUACGAUCGAGUGACCGGAGUGUCGUCCUUCAAGGUGUCGUGGACCUCGCAGGCUUCAGCCAAUCAGAGGGCAGGUAGAGCGGGACGAACAGAGCCGGGACACUGCUACAGGUUGUACUCGUCUGCUGUGUUUGGAGACUUCAGUCUGUUCUCAGAAGCAGAGAUCACUCGCAGGCCUGUGGAGGAUCUGGUUUUGCAGAUGAAAGACCUCAACAUAGACAAGGUGGUCAAUUUCCCCUUCCCCACGUCUCCCUCUGCUGAGGCUCUUAUUGCAGCAGAGCAGUUAUUAGUCUCACUGGGAGCUCUGAAGGAGCCACCUCGCACCGGCAGCAUAAAACAGAUAGAGCAAGCAAGACUGAGCUGUCCCAUCACCCCCCUGGGCAGCGCGAUGGCUUCGUUCCCUGUCGCACCACGUUAUGCUAAAAUGCUAGCACUCGGGAAGCAGCAGGAUUGCCUGCCCUACGUUAUUGCCGUGGUAGCAGCCAUGACAGUCAGGGAGAUCUUUGAAGACCUUAACAGACCUGCAGGUAGUGAAGAUGAGAACUCCGAGCUCGCUCAGCGUCGGGCUCGGCUGACUCAAAUGAGGAGGCUUUGGGCUGGGCAAGGAGCCUCACUCCUGCUGGGGGACCUCAUGGUCAUGCUGGGUGCUGUUGGUGCUUGUGAAUUUGCCGGCUGCACGCCUAAGUUCUGCGAGGAGAAUGGCCUGAGGUAUAAAUCCAUGGUGGAGAUCCGGCGGCUCAGAGGACAACUUACAAAUGCAGUGAAUGCAGUGUGUCCAGAGGUGGGAGUAUUUGUAAAUCCCAAAAUGGCUCCACCUACAGAGCAUCAGGUGGUUUGCUUGCGGCAGAUCGUUCUGGCCGGACUGGGAGAUCAUCUUGCUAGGCGCGUACAGGCAGAAGAUCUUCUUGACCCAAAAUGGAAGAAUGGAUACAAGACACCGCUUAUGGACGAACCGGUUUUCAUCCACCCAACUUCUGCGCUGUUCAAAAAGCUGCCCGAUUUUAUCGUCUAUCAGGAGAUCAUGGAGACCAGCAAGAUGUACAUGAGAGGUGUGUCAGCAGUGGAAGCAGAGUGGGUUCCCCAACUUCUGCCUCAGUACUGUCACUUCGGCACGCCUCUGGAGUCUCCAUCACCGUGGGUUUGUUCCUCCACAGGCACCAUCAGAUGUCACCGCUCAAGCACCUUCUUCCGUGUGGGUUGGCAGCUGCCUGCAGUGGAGAAGGAAUAUCCAGAUGGCAUCGAGCGCUACAAACUGUUCGCCAGGUUUCUGCUUGAGGGACAGGUUUGUCCUAAAUUAAAGAAACACAGUGGCCACCUUCUCUCAAACCCCUCCAUCAUGCUGAAAACGUGGGCAAAGCUGCAGCCCAGGACGGAGGCUGUACUGGGAGCACUGGUGUCAAAGAGAAUUGACUGCAGAGAAGCUCUGCUCUCCACCUGGAAGACUGAAGAGAAAUUCCUGUUGUCUGCAUACUGCCAGUGGCUCCCUGAAGCUCUGCAUCAAGAAGUAGCCAAAAGUUGGCCUCCGCUAUGAACACUUGCAUCUAAAAAGAAGAGGGAAUAGUAAAUUACAGACUUUUCAUCAGAGACCUACAUUGAACUACAGAUCAGCAGAACCUCCUUCUUAGUCGUCAAAAGGAUUUCUUCGCUCUACUGAUUGUUCUACAGUGCAGCUGUCACUACACAACAUUGCCCUUUUCACCAGUUUGUAUUUUAUAUACUUUAUCUAUGACUUGUACAGUUUUCUUCAGGCAGAAAAUAUGUCCAACAGAGCUCUAUAAUGACUUUUAAAAUGGUUAUCAGUGUGCCGCUGUCAGUUACAGUAUAUCUGAUUUGGUCUUCAUAAGACUC